AUGUUGUGUACGUUACUCGAUUGUCUUUCGACUCCCAUCAUUUGUCCGCCGGAAAAUGCUAGGGAUGUGUACGGAACAUAUUUUGUGUACACUUGUCUUUGGGCUUUUGGUUCAGCCUUAUUUAAAGAUCAGUUGAUUGAUUGGCGAGUUGAAUUUUCCAAAUGGUGGUUAACAGGUUUUAAAACGAUUAAAAUCUCAUCAUCAGGAAGUGUGUUCAAUUAUUUCAUCAACCCUGAACCAAAACAGUUUAUUCCUUUGUUAGAUCUUGUAUCAUCUUUCCAGCUUAACCCAGAUACACGUCUACAAGUAAUAAUUAUAUCAUUUAAAUAA